AUACCACUACUCGCUAGUCCGAACUACGAUAGCUCGUACCUGGGAUACUCGAAUGCAAUCUACGACUUUGGUGCGGACCCUAGGGGAAACGGAUCAUUUUUCCUCGCGGAGGGGGAGGCCUACUAUUUCUUUUCACAAACUCGUGCAAUCGAGAAAGUUGCCCUGGCCAAGAAGUACGGACUGCACGGCAUUGGACUAGACGGCAGCGACUCUAUGAUGAUGGACGAUCU